AUGGCGGAACCUCACAGUGUCAUAACGCAGGUCUCUGCAGAUCAGGGACCACCGGCUUUGAUGCAAGAUCAGGGUCAGGAGUUUAUGGACGACGAUUCUUUGAUUCAUUUGAACAUCCAGGAAAACCACUACUGUAUCACCAGAGACCAGUUGAUGUCGCUGCCGGAGUCCCUAUUAUUGUGUCUUUUCCCGUCGGGAGUCUUUAUGGACAGAACUGGACAGGUUAUCACGAAUUUGACAUCGCAGGACGAAGUUUACGUGGGCAACUUUCCACCAGACUGUUUUGAAUACAUCAUGGAAAACUACGUACGGGCCCAAGAGGACCUUAUCAAUUUCCCUGUGGAUGAAAUAUUUGAGCGUAGCCACGUUUCCCAUGAGCCUUCAAGGUUUUUUGGCUUCACAUCGCCUUCAAGCAACCCCUCGUCCUCUUCUGACUCAGAAGCCGAAAUCCUGCACGAAAAACCCAGCCUUAUAGUGCUUCGAGAAGACAUGGACUACUAUUGUGUGCCAGUACAAUCAUUGGCGUUUCCUGAAAACGUUUCUGAAGACUUGAAAUUAGAACUGAACGAAAACUUCAUCGCUCAGGUCAAGAUAGCUGCCGGCAGCUACUUGUCAUCUCAAUCCAGUGUAUUUCAAGGGCUUCGUAGCUCUAAUAGGCUGAAAAAACCUGCUAAAAGUGCAAGCGGGACACCAGGUAAAUUGGGGCCAGCUGAGCAACAUUUGAUGGAUAUGCUAUGUUCUUCCGGAUUUCACGAUUCUUCUAAAUGGGGUAACAGGGCGCAGGAGCCGGGCAAAACGGUAAUUAGCUCUUUAUCUUUGUGCCGUUUGAUGAACGAAACCACGCAAGAGUUUCGUGACAAGUAUGAAGAAGCCAAGCGCAAUUACGAUGACAGGACUGAGGCGUCGCGUGCCCAAUCUGAAUCUCCGUCGUUGACUCCACUUGUAUCUCAAACGUCUCAAAGUGGAGACUAUAAGCGGAAAUCUAGACUUUCAUCUCUAGCGGACAAUGUCAAAUCCCGUUCUUCUUCAAGACAGCGUUCGAGAUCUAGGCAGCGUCAAGACGUUCCUCCCACGUUGUACGAACUCGUUCCCAAGCCCGAUAUCAACUCGAAACUCUUGUUGUUCUGGAAAAAGCCCGCGCGGAAAUGCUGGUGGGGCGAGGAAGAAGUGAAAUUGGUAUUGAAACUUUAUGGAGAGUACAAUAAAGCUACCGGUGAAUUACUGCUAUUGCCCGAAGGUCCUAUUGUGGAUGUUGAGGUUCCGGUCAAAUUGCACAUAAGAAGAGUCUGGACGCUGGAGUUGAGCGUUGUGGGGGUGGAGUAA